UUCUUGCAUAUAUAUACAUACAUAUGUUUCUGUGGAAAGAUUUUUUUUUUAAAUAUUGAACUUUUUUUAAUUUUAAUUAUUUUCAGUUUCUCACUCUGUUGUCUCCUCGGCAACACUAAACUCAGCUCACAGCUGUUUGCCAUCACUCUCCAUCACCAUCUCUUUAUCUCCCUGUGACAGUCAUUGUCACAAGAGCACUCUUGUGUGGACAAAGAGGAGAUUGGCCCUUCAGAGGACAAAGAGAGUCAACAAUAUAAAUACAAACAGUAUAUUGUUCCUUUUUUCACUCUCCUAACCCCUGUACCAGUUUCAAGAAUAGUCAUGGUGAACAUUUUGAUCAAAUUCAAAGUUCAAUUUUGUUCAAGUGCAUUUCAAAGAGAAAAUAUGACUUUCUGCCGGAUAUAGUUCUGGUGAUAUUAAUCCGUUUGCAGUGAGAGUGUACACUGGGACACAAGGGACCUUGGUCGACACUCAUAGGCAAUCAGUCACUAGUUGAUUGAUUGAUUAGUCGAUUAACAUGCUGGGUUCACAGGAAUCAGUCCUCUGGUGGCUGGAUGUCAUUAUUGAGCUAGUGCAAAUAAAGAUCAGACUCUAAAAAUAAUAUUAUAUUCAUGACUUAUGUUGGUAACUAAUUCCAAAGCCGUUUUAGUUUUGCCAAAUUUGAGACAUCAAAGUCCCAAUCAGACCCAAUAAGACUUGUUUUUCUUCUUGGGUUUUUACAUCACUAAAUUGCUGAAAAAACUUAUGAAUUGCAUUCUGAUACUAGCAUUUCAGGUUUCAAACCUACUCCUGUGGGAACCCACAUGCCAUCAGCUGCAUUUUGUUCACAGGAUCAACACAAGUUGUUUUGACAGCAUGCACCAUCAUGAAACUCACUGCUCGGUCUAAUGGAAAGCUACAGGACUGUGUGUUCCCUCUUGGAAAUAUCAACCUGUACAGUCAACUCACUCCUCCGUCCAUGAUGAAUGUUGAUUCCCGUGUGCUAUUCAACUUGAAAACAGCCUGCACAUUAAACAUGCUGAAACGUGUUUUUGAGCAAAAAUGCUGAUGCUAAUACAAACAACAUACAGAUUCAAGGUGUCACCUUGCUCUCAGUUAAAAGAGCAGUACCAUCACCUUGAUGUGUCUUUUAAUGAGGCUAAAUCAUUGGCUGCUCUGUCACCGACAUUAGUUAUUUCACUGACAACCUGACCUUGUAGUGGGUGGUGAGCUGAAAUCCCUGCUUUGUAAGCAGAUCUUAUCAUGGCUCAGUACUUUCACUCAGACGUUGGGAAAGGGAGUUCUGUGGAAACACAUCACACGUCUGCUUAUAGUGGAAACAAAGCCUCCCCUUUAAAUAGCAACAGAAAGCAGCAUUGUCUCUGGAUUGACAAGCAGGUGUAGGGUGUCGGGAGCAUGUGUUGGGACUCUGGCAGCACUUGACUUACCUUCAGGGCCUUUCUGGUGGACCUACCGAGGUAAAGAGUUGUAUGGCAGAGAUUAACUAGAAGCUAUUCUGAGUAUUUUUUCAUAUUUGUCUCAUCCAACGUCAUCAUGGCUGAGCCUGGUUUCCCUUUACCGCCCGAGGCUUACUGUCCACUGUGUGUGGACGCAAUGAGAGACCCGGUCACCAUCCCCUGUGGUGACACCUAUUGCCUGGAGUGCAUCAAAAUCUACUGGGACCAGUUUGACCACAUGGGUGUGUACAGCUGCCCACAGUGCCGCGCAACCUUCACGCCACGGCCCGUGCUGAGACGGAACCUUCCCGACGUCAACCACGAGCCGCGGCGGCAGCUUCCGGAGCUCACGCCGUUCCCCUACAUGCACCGUGAAUCCUUCUGCGACUUCUGCGUCGGCCGUCGCAGCAAGGCCGUCAAGUCGUGCCUCAUGUGCUUGGCCUACUACUGCGAAACGCACGUCAAGCCUCACUACGAGUCGUCUACGUUCAAGAGACACAAGUUGGUGGACGAGACGGGCCACCUGGACAGGAAGAUCUGUCCCCAGCACGAGAAGGGCCUGGAGCUGUUCUGCCGCUCCGACCAGAUGUGCAUCUGCGUGCUGUGCACUGUCAGAGAGCACCGCAGCCACAACAUCACCUCAGCAGAAGAAGAGCGCAUCGAGAAACAGAAAGUCCUGGUGGUCACUCAGUCUGAGGUGCAGCACAUCAUUCAGGAGAGGAUGAAGGAGCUGCAGGAGCUCAAGCACAAUGUGGAUGUUCUCAAAAGCGGUGCCCAGCGAGCACAGGCAGAGAGUGAUAAAACCUUCCACGAAAUGCUCCAGGCGGUGGAGCGCUGGAAGGCCGAAAUCCACCAGAUGAUCACGGCCAACAUGCAGUCAGCGAUGUCGCAGGCCGAGGGCUACGUGGAGCGCCUGGAGCAGGAGAUCAUGGAGCUGCAGCGCAGAGACGCGGAGCUGCGGCAGAUCGUCGAAACGGAGGACAACAUUCACUUCCUGCAGAACUUCCCGACCCUCUGUGUUCCUCCUGAGGCCAUGGUGCCCAAAGUGCUCAUCAACCCUCAGUUCUCCUUUGGAGAGAUGAGCAAGACGGCCACAGAGAUGAAGGAACAUCUGGACGACAUCUGCAAGAAGGAACUGAGCAAAAUCUCCAAGACAGUGAGUGAAACCCCUGUGUACAUUCUUCUGCCAAGAAAUGGAGACAAACGACUGAAAGUUCCUUCCAGAGUAGAUUUUCAGGAGCCAAAGAUAAGAACAGACUUCCUGCGAUACUCCUGUAGGAUGUCCUUCGAUCCGAACACAGUGUAUAAAGAGCUGGUGUUGUCGGACGGGAACCAGAGGGUCACGCGGAGGAAGACUGUCCAGUUCUACCCAGAUCACGCAGAGCGCUUCGACGGCUUCUCCCAGGUGCUGUGCAAGGAGCCUCUGACUGGUUUCAGGUUUUACUGGGAGGCAGAGUGGGGCGGGGAGUUUUCCAUCGGGGUGGCCUACAGGAGCAUCAGUCGCAAAGGGAAGAAUUCGCACAGCCUGCUGGGCUACAACGACAAGUCCUGGAGUCUCCUCUGCUCAGACUCUGGCUACUCUGCCUGGCACAACAAAGUAGACCGAGACCUUGCCGACGCUCCCCGGGCUUCACGGGUCGGCGUCUACCUGGACUACGCAGGCAACACCUUGGCUUUUUACUCAGUGUCAGACACUAUGGAUCUGAUCCACCGUUUCAAAGCUCAGUUCAGCGAGCCUCUGUUUGCUGGUUUUGGUGUGGGCUCCUCCGUGACCCUCUGCCAACUGAGGCAGAAUCCCACAUCUUAUUAAGAUGUCAAAACCAAACCAUCUGUGAACUCUUUGUCGGUACUACAUAUUUACUGUGCAGUACGGUUCAAUGUAAUUGGCCGUGUUGUCGAGUCAACGCUCUGCAUGAUAUGCGAUGAUAACGUCUCUCAGAGUGUAAUUCCAAGGCCAUUAUCUGUCGUUAUGUGUUGAUGUGUUUGGAGAAAUGUGUACUGAUUUAAUGACAACAAUAUGACAAUAGUCAACCGCGUUGAUGAGAAUCAACAUUUGCUGCUGAAACAAUCUGUAGUUAGAUGACAAAUGUCAUAAUCAUUGUUUUUCUACAUGUCCAGUAAACAUUAACAAUUUACACGCUGUUUCUGAAUUUUCAAGCUUUUAUUGCAUUUAUGGAGAUUAACUUUCAUAUUGAGGUUGAAAUAAAAAAAAACAUAUUGAGCAUGA